GGGAACGCGUUUUCAAAUAUUUUUGUAAUGUGUUGUAUGAGUCCAAACUGGUUUCCUUGGUCUAAGAACAUGGUUUGGAGAUUCACCCCUUUGCCAUAUAUGACAAUGUUUUAGAAAUUUCACAUCUUUCUGUACUUUCGAAGACUGGUCCUUUUGGGAAUCAACUUCCUUCAAUUUCGUUUCUUUGAAGAAAAAUUCAAUCUGGAUCGUGCUUAUUUUGCCCCAGUUGACGUUUGCACGCAGCAAGAAUGAACAAAAACUUGAAACCCAGCUGCUUCAGGGAUCCUCUGUUCCUUCUGGCGUUCUGUUUGUUGUUUCAGAACUUUAGUUACGGUUGCUCUUUGAAUGAAGAAGGUAAAGCUCUUCUGAAGUUCAAGCAGGGAAUAGUAAGAGACCCUUUUGGUGCUUUGUCAAAUUGGGUCAACGAUGAAGUAGCAGUUAACCAUUGUAAUUGGUUUGGAGUUGAGUGCUCUGCUGGAAGGGUGGUAGUCUUGAAUUUGAAAGACCUUUGUCUUGAAGGAAAUCUGGUACCUGAGCUCGCGAACCUUGUUCACAUAAAGUCCAUAAUUUUGCGGAACAACUCUUUUUAUGGAAUCAUCCCUGAAGGAAUUGCACACUUGAAUGAAUUGGAGGUUUUGGAUUUGGGCUACAACAACUUCAGUGGACAUCUACCCACAGAUCUUGGGAAUAAUAUUUCGCUAACAAUCCUUUUGUUGGACAACAAUGAACAUCUCUGUGGUUUCUCUCCUGAAAUUAAUAAAUUGAUGUUGAUUUCUGAAUAUCAAGUAGAUGAAAGACAACUGAGUCUGGCAGCAAAAGUGCCAGCUUGUACAAGAAGAUUCAUCAAACGGCCCAUUGGCAAAAAUAAGAAAGGUUUAAGGAGGCUACUGCAAUCUUCUCGUGAUAGUCCUUUUAACCGUGCUGCUAAUUUUCCUGAUAGUCCUCCUCCAUCUUCUUCAGCUCCCUCACCUGCCCCAGCAACACCACCACCGGUUGAGGAGCCAGCUUUCACUGAUCGAAAUGAUUCUGCUUCUCCUUCUCCUUCUCUGUCUGAACCGCGCUCUACACCACCAUCUGCAAGUGGCUCAUCAGAUAGCAAUCUUGUUGCUAUUUUGGCUGGAGUUAUAGGUGGUGUUGUAUUUCUUGUCAUUUCAAUCAUUGGCAUAUAUCUCUGCAAAACAAACAAGGUAGCUACUGUAAAACCUUGGGCGACAGGAUUAAGUGGGCAGCUUCAGAAGGCAUUCAUAACAGGUGUGCCAAAGCUGAAGAGAUCAGAGCUUGAAGCAGCAUGUGAAGAUUUUAGUAAUGUAAUUGGCACUUCUUCCAUUGGUACAGUGUACAAAGGGACUUUAUCCACUGGUGUUGAAAUAGCCGUGGCCUCUGUUGCAGCGACAUCAUCAAAAGAUUGGUCAAAGACUUUAGAAGCCCAGUUUAGGAAGAAGAUAGAUACAUUAUCAAAAGUGAACCACAAGAAUUUUGUAAAUCUUCUUGGACAUUGUGAAGAAGACGAGCCUUUCACCAGAAUGAUGGUUUUUGAGUACGCCCCAAAUGGAACACUCUUUGAGCAUUUGCACAUAAAAGAAGCUGAGCACUUGGAUUGGGAAACAAGACUCAGAGUUGCCAUGGGCAUGGCUUACUGCCUACAACAUGUGCACCAGUUGGAGCCUCCUUUGGUUAUUGGCAACCUGAAUUCUUCAGCGGUUCAACUCACGGAUGAUUGUGCUGCCAAAAUCUCUGAUUUGAGUUUCUUAACUGAAAUAGCUUCAGCUGUGAUGAAAUCUUCUGCUAGACAACACCCUGACAUGACCCCAGCAAGUAACAUUUACAGUUUUGGUGUUAUAUUAUUUGAAAUGGUGUCAGGCAGGCUCCCUUAUUCAGUGGACAAUGAUGGCUCACUUGAUGACUGGGCUUCACAAUAUUUACAUGGGGAUCAACCCCUCGAAGAAAUGGUGGAUCCAUCUCUGGCGUCCUUCCAACAAGAACAGCUGGAACAAGUUGAUGCUUUGAUCAAAUCUUGUGUCCACCCUGAUCCAAAGCAAAGACCAACUAUGAAAGAAAUUUGUGUGAGAUUAAGAGAGAUAACAAAAAUAACACCCGAGGCAGCUGUUCCAAAACUUUCUCCACUUUGGUGGGCGGAGCUUGAGAUUGCCUCGGUAAAUGGAAACUGAAAUCGGUUAAUCAGGUUGUAAGUAUGAAGUUCUUAUCUUCAUCCUUUUUCAAUCGGUGAAGGCACAAAAUUGUAUUCACCUGUACAUUAAUACAUCCCGUGUUUCAUCAUAGAAGAGUGGCAAAUCACAUGUACAUAAGGGAGAGAUAAAAAUGUGAUUUUUUCUUUCUUUGGGUGCUUUGUUUGGUUAUGGUUUAUGGAAUUAAACUAACAAAAAAAGCUUCAAAUAUCA